UGACCAAUGAGAUGAAGGAAAUUCAGUAGCGCGCGGAAGAGGAAAGUCAAGUGAACUGUAAAUAGACUAUAGCCGAUAGAGCUAAAUGCUAUAACAAUUCUGUCUGUCUUUUAUUUUGUUAAAUAAAGAUUGGUUAAUGGAUUUGCAGAGUUGAGUGUUUUUUGAAUAAGGACAAGUCUGCAACCAAAAAUGCUUAAUAUGAAAGUUAAGCUUGAGAAACCAGAUACUGAGGGUGGUGUUGCACGGAAUCGUCUUGAUGCAGUGCUGCAAGGACUGGUGGAGAAAAGCGACAGUGAGAGAGAUCAGAAUGAGGAUGAGUCUGGAAAAAUGGUUGCAGAUUCCUUGAGCAAGGACUUAUCUCCUUCCUCUCUUGGGAAAAGACCAUCUUCACGCUUUGCGCAACAUCGGAGAAAGAAGCGCAAAGAGAUGGAGGAUGGUUUAACUGACACUAACCAGCAUAAACAAAAUUCCUACAUCAUCAAGCUGUUUGAUCGCAGUGUAGAUUUGGCACAGUUCAGUAGCAACACUCCACUGUACCCCAUCUGCAGAUCGUGGAUGAGGAACAACCCUGCAGUACGAGAGAGAACAAUAUCCAGUCCACCUCACAGCAUGGCAGAGGAGGAGGUGCCAGACAUGCUGAAUGGCAAAGUUCAAAAUAUAUAUCACCUUCCUCUUCCUAGUUCUUGUCCUGUUAAUGAAUCUGGUGAUCCAGUCAACGUAAGGAUUCCACCCUCAGAGAAACCCACCAUAAGCCAAUCCACAGACACUGCAUCAGGAGCAACUACUCUCAUGUUCAAUCACAUGAAACGCUGGAAGAAAAUUAGACAGAAGUGGAAAGAGGCUUCCAAUAAGAACCAGCUGCGCUACAGUGAAAGCAUUAAAAUCCUGAAAGAGAUGUACGAGCGUUAGCAUCCCCUGCAUCAGGAGACAGAUUUAAACCUCCAUUAUGCAACUUCAUAGAAAUGAAGCUUAAGCAGAGUUUUGGACAGAAGAAUGAACUGAUAAGUGUGUAGUUGCCUGCAUGUGUUAUUUUAAUAUUUGUUAAUAAUCAAAUAUUUAGUAAAUUUAAUGAUUUUAUUAUGGCCUGCACUCCAGUAGCAAAAGAUCAGCUGUGGUGCAUUUUCACUUUUUGUCUUUUUGAUGCAGGUCAGUAGAGUCUGACAAAUGCAUGUUUGUUCUGCAGUUUUGAAACCACAAAAAAAAAUAUUUUGUGAACAAAAUAAACAUUUUCCAUGCAGGUUUAAA